CGUCAACACCUGAGCUGGCGCAGGUGAACUGUCACAAUGGAGCUGCUAAGCAUCUGCAGAGGGUUCAGUUAGCUUUUUUAAGAAUACAAGGUCUUGGCUGUUUCGCUCUUGCCCAUUAAACUUCGGCGUUGCUACAACUGAUGGAGCUCGGCGUCCCUAGCAUCGAGGGAACGUCAAGGGCAGGAACUUUUCUUUUCUUAUUUUACGACGUGUAACCUAUAAAUACGGAGCGCGCGCCUGUCAGGGGCGCACUCGCGCCGGAUUAACAAAGUCCUGUUGCAGCAAGGGGACGGCCAGGAAACCUUUUGCUGGAUUAGGAGUGAAUAAAACGACAUGGCAGACAGUCUACGGAGGCUGGUGAACUCAUCAUCCUUCAGUCUUCUGCAACAGAAAUUAGAGUCGUGGUACAAAGACUAUCAUGUGAUCUCGUGCGACCAAAACCUGAAUCGUUGCUGUGAGCUGGUGGAGCUCACUUCCAAAAUCCAGGGCCAACUCUUCACUAUACUCAGCCAAACAGCAAGAGAGGGUGGGCAUUAUGCAGGCGUGGAUACUCUCAAAACUCGGCUGCUGCCUUGGCUCGGCACCUGUUUUACCAUGGGAUCAUCCUCCUUCUCCCCGGACACUAGCCUUAAUCUCAUUCAGGACUCUGUGGAGAAGGACAGGAAGAUCCGUCAGCUGUCCGCCUCCCUCGAGAACGAGAAGCAGAAGAUGGAGACGGAGCUGUGCUCCACCCGCUUUGAACUGGGCUCCGUCAAACAGGAGCUGUUUGAUGCCCAGCUAACGCUGGACGACACCAAGAAUAAAUCAGCCACCACCCUGCUGGCCACGGAGGAUGAGAUCCUCCAGCUGAGAGCAGAGCUGCGUUCAGCUCAUGAUCAGGUAGAGCUGUACAGGAGGAAGCUGGACACGUUCGAUGACUAUGACAGGCAGGUGCGUAUGCUGAGAGACGAGGUGUCCAUCCUGACGGCCGAGAAGACAGUGCUGCGGGAGAGGCUGGUGAGGAGUCGUUCCCCAAGUCCUCCACCCCGCCGCAGUCGCGCCAGCAGCCCGUUGAGGAGCGAGUCUCCCACCCGCGCCCAGCUCACCAACUCGGCCCGCCACGCCCGGCUGGUGUCGCGCUUUAGCGACCUGUACGCCACCGAGCGGCUGGAGGCCCAGAGCCUGCUGCGCCGCUACAUCGACGACCUGGAGACCGUCCAGAGGAUCAUCUUCAUCGCCGCUGUGGAGUCGUUCCAGGCAGCGAAGCUAGCGUUCCGGCAGUUCAAGCUGCGCGUGCGAAAGACCCUGGCCCCCUCCCAUAUGGGCCCUGACACCCUUGAAGAUGUAGUGAUGGAUUAUAUUGUCAGAAACCUUGACCUCUAUGACGUCCAAACAAGCGUCAAUGAUGUGAUCAACUCUAUGAACGUGAACCCGCGCAUCUCCUUCCCUGCGGAGGUGGACUUUGUGCUGAUCAGCAGCUUCAUCAGGGAAACGUGCAGGAUAGCCUUCGCCAUGCAGACCCUGGACCCACCGCUGGACCUAGCCUUCAGUACUGACGGAGAACUGUACAACGACAUCAAGUAUCGGCGCAGUUAUGACUCAGAGUUCACCGCUCCUCUCGUGGUUUACCAUGUGUGGCCGUCUCUGAUAGAGGACGACACCGUCAUCGUGAAGGGGGAGGCCGUGACCAGGAGAGGCGCUCUGUGGAGGAACAGAAGCAGGAGCACCAGCCCCGUGCGCUCUCGUUCCGGAAGCCCCACACGCACGCUUAGGUUUAGCCAUAACCGUAGUCUCUCGUCUGGACGUCUUACAGUCAGUCGGCUGUAAAAAUCGAAACUUGAUCUCCAAGCUCCUGCCCUUUCCCUUUACACAGACAGAUACACUUUAUCAUCUCGUGGAAGAUACUAAAGAAAUCUCCAUUCGGCUUGAAACGGCUCUUGUGUGUGUUCUUGUUUUAUAGAUUUUUUUAAGAAAUCAGAUCGUAGCAAACAAUGUACUAAUUAUCUUCAUAGUUUAGCUAAAGUAAACUUGAAUGUACUUUAAAUUGAUCAGGAUUCUCAUCCCGUGGUGAGGUGCAUAAUAUAACAAACUUUUCAGGGUGCUAUAGAUUAUUAGUGUGCAUGCAAGCGUUUAUCAUUUUUUAAUCAUCUUUGAGUGUAGUUUAUACACAGUGUUAAUAUCCUGGCAUGGUGCUUCAAAUUGUGUUUUACGGUCAAUUUUACAGUUUUGUUUUUAGUUAAGUAAAACCUGCACAGUAGUACUUUUCUGAAAUCAGAUGUAGUAUGGUUGGUAGGACGUCAAAUAGCAGUUCACAUGCAUUGAUAGUAAAUCGGUCUUUUCUCUCAAUAACGUAAGAAUGUGUAUAACCUCAGAUUCAGUUGUUUUGGGUUUCAGAGUUGUAAUGGCCAUUGGUGCUAAAGUUACUGUACACAACAUGUUACUUGGUUAGGUCACCACUUUAUUUCAUUUUCUGUGUAAAACCAAACUUUGUGAGCUUGAAUGAUGAAUUGUUUAGCUGACUGAGAAAAUAGCUUUUGUUGAUUUGUGUAGUGUUAGAACAUGUAAUAUGGCUGCAUUAGUCUAACAACAAUAUCGAUUAUGGAGCUGGGAAAACAUUUUGUGGAAAAUCUGAAAAAAAAAAGGUUUUCUACAAUUAAUGAAUUCAUAAUAGUCUAGACAGUUUCAGUUCAUGAUACAAGAAUAAAUGCUGUUUACAGUUUUGUUUCCAGUGCUAUGACAGCAGAGAUGGUAUUGAUUUCAGACAUAAUUAUUACCUUUGAUAUUGUCAAUUAUUGUGCCUUUGUUUCAACAAUUGUGAUGACCACUAUUAAUAAAGCUAGUUUUUAAACUUAA